CUUUCUCCCUCGUCAGGCAGACUUCCGCCCCGGUUCUUGGUUCUUCCCCCCCAACACCAAUUCAUCAAUGACUCCCAACCUGAGUCCAUUCUGCUGACCUUUUCUUUUCUUACUUCUACACUUGUCUCCGAGAUCCCCUGUCUACCCAGUUUUCCCCCCAGUCGCUCAGCAAGGAACCCUUCGGAGGAUUACGAAUUCCCCGAAACGUCUCAUCAUCGCUCGCCAUGCUACAAGCGCAGAGCCAACACGUCUUCUCUCACCAGCAUCAGUACCCGCAGGCUGAUCCCGCGUGGUUGCAGCACCAGCAGCAGCAACAACAACACCACCAGGCCCAGCCGCACCAGCAACACCAGCAGCAGCACGCCUCCUUGGUCGCUCAGCAGCAUGCCCAAGUUCAGGCCGCUGCCGCUGCGGCGCAGCAACAACACUAUGGUCGCUUGGCUAUGAGCGGCAACGGCGCCGUCAACCCUAGUCAGAAUGCUGGAGGACUCGGCAACAUGGGCGGAGAGGGUCUGGCCAAUGCGGUCUCCGGCAUGGACGGUACUAUCAGCGAUGAGAAUCGCAAGGUCUUCAUCUGGGUUGCAGAGCUCCUGGACCCAGCCCGCAGGGAGGCAGCGCUCAUGGAACUGAGCAAGAAGAGGGAGCAGGUUCCUGAGCUGGCCCUCGUGAUCUGGCAUUCGUUCGGUGUCAUGACUGCCCUUCUCCAGGAAAUCAUCUCGGUCUAUCCCCUUUUGAACCCUUCGCAGUUGACCGCCGCUGCAUCAAAUCGAGUCUGCAAUGCGCUGGCGCUCUUGCAGUGUGUCGCAUCCCACAAUGAGACGCGCACUCUUUUCUUGAACGCCCACAUCCCUCUUUUCCUCUACCCCUUCCUCAACACUACUUCUAAAUCUCGCCCCUUCGAGUACCUCCGUCUCACAUCGCUCGGUGUCAUCGGCGCCCUGGUGAAGAAUGACUCAUCUGAUGUUAUCAACUUCUUGCUUACUACCGAGAUCAUCCCUCUCUGCCUUCGUAUUAUGGAGACUGGAUCGGAGUUGAGCAAGACCGUCGCCAUCUUCAUUGUUCAGAAAAUUCUUCUUGAUGACAUUGGCUUGGCGUACAUCUGUGCGACCUAUGAGCGCUUCUACGCCGUUGGCACAGUCCUCAGCAACAUGGUCGGUCAGUUGGUCGACCAGCAAACAGUGCGACUGCUCAAGCAUGUCGUGCGCUGCUUCCUUCGUUUGAGCGACAACAGCCGCGCCCGCGAGGCAUUGCGACAAUGUCUACCAGAACCUCUUCGCGACGCCACAUUCUCCUCCGUCCUCCGGGAUGACGCAGCCACCAAGCGCUGCCUGGCUCAGCUCUUGAUCAACCUCUCAGACAACGUGUCUGACGGAGCCUCGGCGGCCAUGUAACAUACAAAAACGCAUUUCUUUCAUCGCGGGACGUUUUUUCUUACAACCUUACGUUAUGCAUGGGACAGGUUUCUGGCGAGUAUUGGUCACAAGGCGCAAAAGUUAUGGGUAAAGCACAAGAUAAACCAAUUAUCACCAUGAUGGGCCUUGGUGGUAGUGUGUUUUUGUUCCGGUUGCUUUCUCUUUCAUUCUGUCUUUUUAUUUUAUCGCAGCAUUUCAUCUUGGGACAAUUCCGGGAUUCGGUGAUUUUCGUGUCGAUGGGAGGGGACUCAUGUAUUCCUAUGUCCUUUUUUCUUCUUCUUUUUCUCUGCCAUUUUCUUUCUUUCUGCUUGCAUCUUUGCUCUCUCCCAUUUCUGUCUUCCCCUUAUAUUAGUUUUUCGUGGCGCUCACAAUCGGGUGGCGUGGGUUUCUGGUUGGCGCUGUCGUUUAUGUGCAUUAUUUACCCUCAAUCCCUCUCCAUUUUUGCUAUGAGAUAGACCCCUUUGAGCUAGAGAUACCACGAUCCAGUCGUUGAUUUGUUUUUAUGUUUUUGUCUGUUGGCUUAUCUCUGUACAUGUUCUCAAAAGAAUGUACUUUUUGACUUGAC